AUGCUCUGUCAAACAGUUGGCAAUAUUUGCAUACCCUCUCCAGCGACAAGGUCCCGCUACUUCGACACCCCAAAAAAGGUCAUCGAGCUCAGCUCGGAACAAGAUUCCCUCUACCGCAGCAUGGACAAAAAGUCCAUCUUCCACCACGCCUUCGAGAGUUACUCUAUCGAAUGGCGCGAUAUCCGUCACGACAGCCUCAAUUUCCAGGCCAGACAUCUCAAAGAUCUGUCGGAGCUCAACAACGAACGCCUUGGGAGACACCGCAUGAACGAGUCGCCAGGACUCCGCAAUGCCCACAGAGAAGCGUAUGCACGCUGCUGUUCGGAUAAGAGGCUUAAGUUUAGCUUGGAGCUCGCGAGGCAGAUGCGGAAGCUGCUAAAGGGGCCGUGGAGGGAGGAGUAUAAGCUUAGGAUGGUUGGAGGCCAAGGAGGUGUGUUGAAGGCUAGAAGUAGGCCGGUGAAGACUAGAAGUAGGUCGACGAAGGCUGUGGCGGUGGUUGGACGUGCGGCGAGCUGGCGCGGGAGAUUGAGGCCCGUGAAGGAGGUGGGAAAUAAAAUCUAA